AGAGCGGUAAACAAUUUAAAGGAUUUUGUGAUACAGCAUCAAGAAAUACUGCAAAACGCCAAGAAGUUAGUUGAUCUUCUCAGCCCAAUAAUAUUUUCUCACUAUUUGGUGUCUUCACUUACAAUAUGCCUAGUUGGAUACCAAAUAACUACAGCCGAGAACAAAGGGACUUUGAUUUCCAACUGUGCCCACUUGUCGUCAUUCAUGCUACGACUCUUUGUGCUGUGUUUCUUGUCGACAGAAGUCUACAGUCAGAGCGAGAGCGUGGGGCGCGCCGCCUACGAGGCCCGCUGGCUCCGCCUCGACACCGGCGCCCGGAGGUCGCUGUGGCUGGCGAUGCUGCGCGCGCAGCGGCCCGUCUGCAUGCGCGCCAGCCAGUUCGGCGUCGUGUCGCUGCACAUGUUCUCCGCGCUUGUCCAGACGGCUUAUUCCUACUACAAUGUGCUGAUCAAGAUGAAUUCAAAAUGAACGUCCGUUAAAGAAUUUAAUAGUUAUUUAGUAGGUAGUCGUUGCAUACAGUAAUAUAUGUGUGUUGGUGUGUGUGUGUGUGUGUGUGUGUUAGUGUAGUUACAUUUAUGAGCAAAACAAUUG